AGCCUGUUUUCUUGGUUUCUAAGAAGUUGUGAAACAGUCCUGGCAGCAACAUGAAAACACUCCUGGAAUCCUGACAAAAGCUGUGUCUGAUCAGUUGCUCCACGCCCACAGUCAGCUGCUCAUUUGACUCGCAGCUUCCUCCUUUGAAUGAAGGAGGUGACUGACUGAGGUUUUUAGGAAAAAUGAAACUCUGUGCGGGGAGGAAGUUAGAAAGGACACUAACCCCACAGCGAACAGGACACACAGCCAACUGACAAGAGUAAUAUGAGCCUCCAGGUGUGUCCCUGCUGCGGCUGGUCCAAAGUCACCUCCUAUCGAGGCCUGAGGAUCCACCAGGGCAAGAUGGGAUGCACUCCGAAAGGGAUGAGGGUGAUGGAACACCAGCAGCAGUACUUGUGUGAAAAGAAGAUUCAGUGGAACUCAACACUGGAUGUUGACUGCGUUGUCAAAAUUGAAAGCCUAGAUGUUCCUGACCCGAGCCUCCAGGUCUGUCACUGUGGGUGGACCAAAAUAACCACCUAUCAGGGGUUACUGAUUCAUCAGGGGAGGAUGGGAUGCACCUUGAAGGGAGCAAUGAUCCCAGAGAAAGAGAAAUAUGACUCCAGACAUAACACAGAAGAGAAGGAACAUCAGUGGAAACCUCUUCCAGAGAUUUUUCCAGAAGGACUGAGGGGAAGCUGCAGAAAGAGCUCUGCUGCAGCAAAGAUUGAAUACUCUUCUCCAGAACCUCCACACUCAACCCAGAGAGAAUACUCAGCUCGGUACCUGCAGCCCCCGCAGGCCCUCGCCCAGAAGGCAGUCAGUGAAGAAAUGCAGAUCCACCACAGAAUAAAGAGGGAACCAGAAUCACCUCCUGUCUGGAGAACUGCUGAACAAGCUCCUGAGCUUUUGCCCAAAAACACAGAUCCGCCUGUGGCUCAACUUCAAAGCACCAAAGCAGAGUUGGAACAGAAGAUUGCAAUGAGAAGAGCAAAGGUGGAUGAAGUUGAUGCAGCUCUCAAAGUUUGCAUGGACCAGUUGGAGAACGAGUUGUGUGAUGUGGAAGCCAUCUACACAAGACUGUCUAAAAUCCUGGAGACCGCCCAGGCAGCAAUGUUGAAGCCACUGAAAGAACGGAGGCACCUGCUGAAAAAAGAAGCAAAGGAGUUAAAGGAUGAGCUAGACUCAGAGAUCAACAAACUCCAGGUUGCAGUCUCUGAACUGGAAAACAUUUCAGCGCUUCAUGAUCACAUCCUUUUCCUCCAGAGAUACCCUUCACUCUCCAACCAGGAUGACAUGAAGGACUGGACGAAGGUGCAGCUCAACACAUCGCUUUCCUUCGGCUCCUUGAGAAAAACCACAGAGGCGCUGAUAGAAAAGUUUCAGCAGGAACUGGACCGACUGAGCUCCAUUGAGCUCAAGAGACUUUCAACAUUAAGAGAGGACGUAAAGCUGGAUCCGAGCACCGCUCACAAACGUCUUGUUCUCUCUGAAGACGGGAAAGAAGUGUUAGACUCAGGAGAAGACCAGGAAAUUUCUGAUUCUCCCGGCAGGUUUGAUCUGUUCGGCAGCGUUCUGGGGCUCAACGCCUUCUCCUCCGGCAGGUCGUACUGGGAGGUGGAGGUCGGCAACAAGACAGGGUGGGAUCUGGGUGUGACAACAGGAGGUGCCAGCCGUAAAGGCAAACUCACGCUGAGUCCUGAAAAGGGGUACUGGGUUCUGGUUCAUUAUGAGGAGGAGAAGUAUGCGGCCAUGACGGCUGUGCCGCUUAGUCUGUUCCCGAAAGAAAAACCCACCAAAGUGGGUUUGUUUGUGGACUAUGAGGAAGGCCUGCUCUCCUUCUAUGAUGUGAGAGCUCAGUCUCAUAUCUACUCCUUCACUGGGUGCUCUUUCAAAGAGGAGCUUUACCCGUAUUUCAGUCCUCAUGUGAGAGUGGAGGAGAAAAACAACCAACCUUUGAUUAUUUGCAGUUAAAACAAUGUGAAAAUGAAAUGCACGUUGAAUGGAAACAUUGGUGCUCCAUUUCUGUUGGUGAGGAUGAGAUUGAGUCAGAUUGAGGUACAUCCAUGACCAGAACAUCUUUCAGUAAAAAAGAGGCCUGGUUACGGCAGAUAUACUUUACAUUACAGUGGGUCCUGGAAAUAUUCUGGUUACCUUUCACAGUCUCGCUGUUUUUCUAUUUUUUACAGCAAUUUUAAAUGUUUUUUUUUCUCAAGGAUGUAUUGUGUUCUUCUUCAUCCUGAUUGGUUGUUGACAAUCUACUGUGCAGAAUGUGGUCAGUUUGCCAAAUCUACGUAGUAAUCUACUACGUGAUCAAUCACAAUGAAAUCUUUGUUUUUAUUUUAUAAUACUGGCCUUAUUUUUCUAUGAAGGUUUAAACUUUCAGACUUUUAACAAAAGAGUAAAGUGUGAAAAUGUUUGCGUCUGUCUGACAAAAGUGAAUAAAGUUUGUAGUGAGGAGUUUUACUCUUUUGCUCAGUUGCUUAGAUAUAAUGUUUGAUGAUUGCUUUAAAAUUUACAAAUAAACUCCUCACAUGAACUCAGUUAGGCUAAAUGUGCACUCUCAGGUUUGACAAUGACUUGGUGAAUGUGGUAGCAAAGAGGUGAAAGCAUUUAACAAAAGAGUUUUAUUCAUCCCGUUUUUAUUUUUUGAACAGAGCUAAUUUCAUGUUAUUCUUAACCAAUCAAUUGAUGUGAAGUUUGUGAUGUUCUUGCAGGCUGGUUUAAUGAAGUGUAUUGGGAAUAGAUCAGGUUUUAUUCCUGCUUACUAUGUGUGGUGCUUUCCCUUAAAAAUGUCACUUUUUUUGGUACAUUUAUUUUGAUGAAUAAACUUGUUUUCUUCCAAA